UCGAUGCGUCUCCAAGUGCGCACAACCCGUCUGCAGCAGCAUUAUUCCGCAGACCGCCUGCCAGGCAUCUGGCUGCUCUGCGUUUAUUUCUGGAGGCGCUGCUUUUCGCUCAAUCACCUCCAACAGGUGGAUAAGAACACUGGUGGAUGUACACCCUGGGGAAAACUGGAGGCGUUGAAAAAACAGGUGUAAUCCACCGAGGGAACUUGGUUGUUGUUGCCUAUUUUCGUCUCCAGGAUUUGUUGCGCGGUGAGUUUAAUGCGGUGUGAGCCGGUCUGCGUUUUUUCCCGCACCCCCUCCGUAAAAGACCGAAUGGAAAUCGUGAUUAAACCUGACCAAAUGUGGAUUCUCAGGAGGAGUGCUAAGAAGUCUCCAAAAAACGAGAGGGAAGAAUGCGUACUACACUAAAAAAAAAAAAAAAAAACAGGGAAAAGACGCGCUGACAUCUCUAACACUAACAAGCGGGAUUUUCACACUGCUGUUUCUACAUUUAUGGGGAUACAAAUUCCAAGAAGUUGAGGCGAAUUAUUUUCAUGCUGUUUUCCACAGGAAAACCACUGAGCUCCCUGAGCGAAGUUCCAAUGUCCAUCAUCCCAAAGUGUGAACCCCGCCAGCCCGGCAGCAGCUGUAGCAGUGUUAACAGGGUGCUGGUCAGCUGAAGCUUAGAGAGAUGUCACAGCUCUACUACCGGCGGACUGACAGCUCCUCAUACCGGGACCGAAUCCCGUUGAGAAUUGUGCGGGCCGAGUCGGAGCUGUCACCUUUAGAGAAAGCCUACCUUGGAGCCGUCGAGAAAGGGGACUAUGCGAGUGUCAAGCAAGCGCUUGAGGAGGCUGAGAUCUACUUCAAGAUCAACAUCAAUUGCAUCGACCCUCUCGGCCGCACAGCUCUGCUGAUUGCCAUUGAGAACGAGAACCUGGAAAUCAUCGAACUCUUGCUGAGCUUCAACGUGUAUGUCGGCGACGCCCUGCUGCACGCAAUUCGCAAGGAAGUGGUCGGAGCUGUGGAGCUGCUGCUAAAUCACAAGAAGCCGAGUGGUGGCAUGCAGGUUCCACCGAUCUUACUGGACAAGCAGUUCUCUGACUUCACCCCUGACAUCACUCCCAUCAUUCUUGCUGCACACACCAACAACUAUGAAAUUAUCAAGCUUCUGGUGCAGAAAGGUGUGUCUAUGCCACAGCCACAUGAGGUGCGCUGCAACUGUGUGGAGUGUGUGUCUAGUUCGGAUGUGGACAGCCUGCGGCACUCGCGCUCACGACUCAACAUCUACAAAGCACUGUCGAGUCCCUCACUAAUUGCGCUCUCCAGCGAAGACCCCUUCCUAACCGCAUUCAGGCUCAGCUGGGAGCUGCAGGAGCUCAGCAAGGUGGAGAAUGAGUUUAAAUCUGAGUAUGAAGAGCUGUCCCAGCAGUGUAAGCAGUUUGCAAAAGACCUCCUGGACCAAACAAGGAGCUCCAGAGAGCUGGAGAUGAUCCUCAACUAUAAAGAUGAUAUCAGCUUAUUGGAAGAGGAGGGCACUAAUGAUCUGGCAAGACUCAAGCUAGCUAUCAAAUACCACCAAAAAGAGUUUGUAGCUCAGCCCAACUGUCAGCAGCUUUUGGCAUCACGCUGGUAUGAUGAGUUCCCUGGCUGGAGGCGGCGUCACUGGGCGGGAAAGUUCGUCACCUGUGUCUUCAUAGGUCUCCUCUACCCUGUGUUUGCUCUCUGCUACCUCAUCGCUCCCAAGAGUCGCUAUGGCCUCUUCAUCCGCAAGCCCUUCAUCAAGUUCAUCUGCCACACGGCGUCCUACCUGACCUUUCUGUUCCUGCUGCUCCUCGCCUCCCAGCAUAUUGUUAUCACAGAGCAGGACAGGCAGGACAGGCAGGGCCCUCCACCGACCGCUGUGGAGUGGAUGAUCCUGCCCUGGGUGCUGGGAUUCAUCUGGGCAGAGAUCAAGCAAAUGUGGGAUGGUGGUUUUCAAGACUAUGUUCAUGACUGGUGGAACCUGAUGGAUUUUGUCAUGAACUCUCUGUACUUGGCCACUAUCUCCCUGAAGAUUGUAGCCUACACUAAGUACAGUGGAAGUAAACCCAGAAACCAGUGGGAAAUGUGGCACCCGACACUAGUUGCUGAAGCAGUGUUUGCCAUUGCAAACAUUUUCAGUUCCCUGCGCCUCAUUUCACUGUUCACGGCCAACUCUCACCUGGGGCCACUGCAGAUUUCUCUGGGGCGAAUGCUGCUCGACAUCCUGAAGUUCCUCUUCAUCUACUGCCUGGUUCUGCUCGCCUUUGCUAAUGGCCUGAACCAGCUGUACUUUUACUAUGACACUAAGGCUUCAGAUGAGAAAGGAAAGUGUAAGGGCAUCCGAUGUGUGCAUCAGAAUAACGCUUUCUCCACAUUAUUUGAGACCCUGCAGUCUCUUUUCUGGUCUAUCUUUGGUUUGAUCAGCCUGUAUGUGACCAAUGUGGAUGCUGACCACCAGUUCACUGAAUUUGUUGGUGCCAACAUGUUCGGGGCCUACAACAUCAUUUCGUUGGUGGUGCUCCUCAACAUGCUCAUAGCCAUGAUGAACAACUCCUACCAGCACAUUGCUGACCAUGCAGACAUUGAGUGGAAAUUUGCAAGGACAAAACUGUGGAUGAGUUAUUUUGAAGAAGGAGGCACUCUGCCAGCCCCUUUCAACAUCAUCCCAAGCCCCAAAUCAUUCUGGUACCUCAUGUGCUGGAUCAAGAAGCAGGUGUGGAGGACAAGCUCCAAGCGCCCUGACACCAUUGGUACCCUUGGGAGGCGAGCCGCAGAGAACCUGAGGAUAAACCAUCAGUACCAGGAGGUACUGAGGAACCUGGUGAAACGUUACGUGGCCGCCAUGAUUCGAGAUGCCAAGACAGAGGAAGGCUUGACUGAAGACAACUUCAAGGAGCUGAAACAAGAUAUCUCCAGUUUCCGUUAUGAGGUGAUGGGAAUGAUGAAGACAGGAAAGUCAGCUUUAAAUGUGGCAAAGGCCAGUGGCAGCUCAGUGGAAUCCAGCCUUGCAUACCCUAAUUCCUCACUCAAGGUCUCUGCUUGCCCACAGAGCACCCAGAUGAAAAGCAAAUUUAAUCGAUUCAAAAUCACUACAUCCAUCCUCAAGCAGGGCAGUUCAACAGCUGCACCCAGGCCACCUGAAGCCUCCAAUGGUCUACCUAAUGGAUUCAUGUCCCUGGUCUCUGAUGAGAGCUCUGGUGAAAUGUCAAGCCAGAGGAGAAGCAACCCCAAAGAUGUAUCUGACUUUGGUUUGUUCCAGAAACACCAAAGGGGCAACAACGAAGCCUCAUCAAGUGCAGCAGAAAUCUCGAGGGAGAUGUACUCUUUGUCAGAAGAAGCAGGAGAGUCUGGGGACUCAGACUUAGAGGAACAUAUCGCUGGAGAAAAGAGUGAGAGGAAACUCCUGGAAACAAAAAAGAAGGAAGAAGUCGAGGAAAUUAAGGAGGAGUCGAACAGCAAAAAAUGCUUGGAGCAGUGUGAAGAAAGAGAAACCGAAGAAAGAGAAAAGGACUUAACCUGUACUGACUCAGUAGCUGAUGAAUGUAUGUCUAGCUCAUACAAAGAUGAUGCCUAAGAUGUGAUGAGAUGUGAUCAGAACUACAGGUCCAGUAAUGCUGGAUUAAACACACAGAGACUGACAAUCAACGUGAGCCUCGAGUGAGAAUUGUGAACAUGAGUCGAACUUUUCCAGUUAUUACUAAACUUAUGAUCAGCUUUGAUCUUUGGAGACUCAGGGAGGCCUCUGGUUUAACUGUUUUAAACGCUGUUAUAUUAGCAGUGGAAAUGCAGCAACAUUGUUCGAAGCUCCGUGUAAGCAUUACGAGGAAUCAAAUUUAAGGAUUAGUAUAUUUCGUUUUUUGACCCUAGAGGUGAUUGGACAAUAAGGAUUUCCUGAAAGAAAAAAGCUUUUUCUCCCAUCUGAUAUGUGCAUUUCAGUUCAAAUUGUCCUGUUGGUUGCCAUAUAACCGUCUCUCUCUACCUCUUUUUUUCCCUCUACCCUUAAACAUUUAACUCUCUCCAUCAUUAUCUUAUUAGAGCAAUAGAUGUGUUCUGUUUUAGACGUGACUUUCUGCCUUACUCUGUCUGUUUCUGCACUUUACACACUUUAAAAUGGCAUACAGUUUUUUCAAAGAUCGCACAAACUCUGAUCAUUGCAACAGCAAUUCUGUCAAAGUUUUCUAUGCAAGAACUGUGGAUCAUGAUUCUCAUCACACUGAUGAGGCCGACUGUAAAUUCAGCGCUGACAGUUCAACCCAAGUAUUCUCUGUAAAGUAGGGCGUGGCCAAACUAUCUGAGAUAUACAUUAUGAACACAGCCGAUCAAUUAUUUAAAGCAACGUAUUAUUCAAGUUUUGUCACUCAAGAAUAAACUCAUUAUUUUGAACAGAUCUGCUGUUUUUAACUGUUAGUUUAAGAUGUCAUGUUAGUUUGAAUGAAUGGCAUUAUAGAAACUGAAACAUAAAUCAAGAAUAAAUAUAGAAAUACACUCUUAAUUUCCUGUCUCCUCUUUUGUUCAUUGCAAAUUCCUGACAGGCAUGAACACAAUAACUGAUACUGUUAACUGUAUAUC